GUAAACCAACCCAACCCAAGCAAGGGGGAUCUCUCGAAUCUCCCCAUUCCAGGGGCCUCGUCUCCUCCGCGUCCGCGUCCGCGUCCGCCUCCGCCUUGUAGGGUUUCGCCGGCGAUGGAGCCACCGGUGGGAGGCUCCUCCGAUCGCCGGGGAGCCGGGGCCGGCGCGGGCGCCGAGGCUGGGGCCGGGGCCGGGGCCGCGCCGUCUGGCCUCCGCCGCUACGGCUUCAGGUUCUCCGCCUCCAGCCUCCUCCAGGCCCCGCUCGCCGCGCUGCUCGAGUACUCCGGCGUCGUGCCCGCCGGCCCCGCCGCCCCGCAGACGGGGGCGCCUUCGCCGCUGUCGUCCUCGUCGGGGGCUGGGGCGGCGGCGGGGGAGGCCGAUGGGCUGCUCUCCGCGGCCGCGGCUGGGGACGGGGAGGUCUCGAUCCGGAUCCAGGGCGGCCCCGGGGAUGCGGACGCGGCGGGCGUCGCGGGGGCGGCGUCCUCCGGGGGGGAUUCGAUCGAGGCGACCUCCGCCGCCGACGUUGACCCGGCCUCGGCCGCGGCGGGGGCGAGGGGUGGCGGCGCCGACGCGGAGGCGAGUGGUGGGGGCGCGGACGGCGCGUCGGGGAACGGGGGCGGGGACCGCGCCUACCAGCGGUACGACGUGCACCACGUCGCGAGGUGGAUCGAGCAGAUACUGCCGUUCUCGCUGCUGCUGCUCGUCGUCUUCAUACGGCAGCAUCUCCAAGGUUUCUUUGUCACAAUUUGGAUUGCUGCUGUAAUGUUCAAGUCAAAUGAUAUAUUGCGGAAACAAACUGCUUUGAAGGGCGAGAGGAAAAUUGCUGUGCUUGUCGGGAUUACAGUAAUCUUCAUGAUUCAUGUGUUUGGUGUCUAUUGGUGGUACAGGAAUGAUGAUCUUCUCAGACCUCUGUUCAUGCUUCCUCCAAAAGAAAUACCACCAUUUUGGCAUGCAAUUUUUAUCAUCAUGGUCAAUGAUACAAUGGUUCGCCAGGCAGCAAUGGCCAUUAAGUGCAUGCUACUUAUGUAUUAUAAGAAUAGCAGAGGUCGUAACUACCGUAAGCAGGGCCAAAUGCUAACCCUUGUGGAAUACCUUCUGCUUCUAUAUCGUGCCUUGUUGCCAACUCCUGUUUGGUACCGUUUCUUUCUAAACAAGGAAUAUGGGAGUCUAUUUUCGUCAUUAACCACUGGACUAUACCUGACCUUCAAGUUGACUUCAGUAGUUGAAAAGGUUCAGUCAUUCUUAGCUGCAGUAAAAGCAUUGUCACGCAAAGAUGUGCAUUAUGGGUCUUAUGCAACAGCUGAACAGGUAAUUGCUGCUGGUGAUAUGUGUGCCAUCUGCCAGGAGAAGAUGCAUGUUCCUGUCCUCCUCCGCUGUAAACAUAUUUUUUGUGAGGACUGUGUCUCUGAAUGGUUUGAGCGAGAACGGACAUGCCCCUUGUGUAGAGCAUUGGUAAAGCCUGCUGAUAUUCGGUCAUUUGGUGAUGGUUCUACAAGUCUUUUCUUCCAGUUGUUUUAGACAUCAAAUGGGAAGCCGCUAACAUAUAACAGUGGACAAGCAAUUGCUUAUGAAAAUCCGAGUGAAUCUUUUUUUUUCUUUAUCAUGUCACACCAUCGUCCCGUGCACUUCUGUCAAAGUUGAGAAGGUCCACAGAGAUCAUUGGACAGUGCACGAUCUGUCUGAUUCAUCAUCUAUAUGUUCGAGAAAUAGUUUAGAGAACUUGUCAGUUGCAACGUUAGUGUAGGUUUGCAGCAAAUCUUUCUGGGCCUGGUAUUUUCUGGAGGAACAAUCAAUUCUAAUGCAAAGACCUGGUGCGUCUGAUCACGCCAUGCUGUUGGCUUGCAUAUUGUAAAAAUUGGCAAUUUUUGCAAGUGUAUGUGCAACUGGAACGAGCAAGUUUUGCUUAGCAAGACGAGGGAAGGGAAGUGGUAAGAAUGUAAUCUGUAAAGCUUUGAUACGUGAAAAAUGUUGAAAACCAUAUUA